AUGGGCAAAAACACAGACAAGCUGUACAUUACUCACUCCGAGUGGUCAUCCUCAAAUGCCUACUCUGCUAGUGCUGGUGCGAACGUGAACGCGCGCGCCCGCCCGGACUCCUUCCGACGCCUGCCCUUCAACUUUUGCGCUGCCAGCCUCCAACCCUUCAAGAACCCCGUCUGCACCAAAGAAGGUACCAUAUUCGAUGUCGAGAUCAUUAGCUCAUGGCUGGCCAAACAUGGCACCAAUCCCGUCAAUGGCGAGCCUUUGGAUGCCAAAGAUCUCAUCAAGCUGAACUUCGCCAGAAACGCCGAUACCGAGUCGCGGACCCCGGGCUUUGGCGAUGGUCAGGGCGACUUGAUCGACCCCGUGUCCUUCAAGGUCUUCACGGAUAACACCCACAUCGUUGCAGUCCGACACGGAACAUACGCAAAUGUCUUCGCGUGGGACACGGUCGAGCGAAUGAACAUCAAGGCCAAGAAUUGGCAAGAUCUUGUCGACGACGAAAAGUUCACCAGGGCCGACAUCAUCACGCUGCAAGACCCACAGAACGCUGCAAGCAGGGAUUUGAGUCAAUUCAAGUUCCUCAAGGACGGCGAGGAGGCAGUUCUGACCAAGGAGCAGGAGGAGGAGCGCAAAGAAGGCAAUGUCAACAUCAACGCCCUCGGUCGAAUCGGCGACAAGGUUCUCAGGGCUAAGCAAGCCGUCGAAAAGGCGCGGAAGGAGCGCGAGGAAGGUGCUGAUGUGAACCGCACAUCUGCAGUAAUCAAAUCUGGUUCAAGCGUGCAGCGCAAGUCGAUGAUCAUGGACAAGAAGAUUCCGUCCAACGCCGCGGUAUAUACGACUGGCAAGGCAGCUGCAAGCUUUACCAGCACAGGACUGACACCGGAAACAAGCGGUGAACGAGCGCUGCUGACCGACGAAGAGUACAUGCUGAAGCCCAGACGAGUCAAGGUCAAGGGUUAUGCCCGAAUUGAAACGAAUCUUGGCGACUUAAAUAUCGAGCUUUACCCAGAAUUCGCUCCGCGUGCGGUUUGGAACUUCACAAGGCUUGCUCAGAAGGGCUAUUACAGGGGCGUCACUUUCCACCGGAACAUCAGGAACUUCAUGCUUCAAGGAGGUGAUCCCUCGGGCACUGGCAAGGGCGGCGCUAGCAUCUGGGGCAAAAACUUCCAGGACGAGUUCGACGGACCAUUGAUGCACAACGCUCGGGGUAUCAUCAGCAUGGCGAACAAGGGCAAGAACACCAACUCCAGCCAGUUCUUCAUCAUUUACCGGCCGACAAAGCAUCUCGACAACAAGCACACAGUCUUCGGCAAGGUAGUUGGUGGUCUCGACGUCUUGUCAAAAAUGGAAGAUGUGCCUACCGACGGAUCCGACAGGCCGCUCAACAAGAUUGUGAUGAAGGAAGUGAUUGUUUACCUGGAUCCUUUUGAAGAGUUCUUGAAGGAGAAGAACGAGGCCGAACAGUCGGAGAGGGCCAAGCAGGCAAUAGUACUAAAUGGAGGCACAGAAGAUGACAAGACGACGUGGACGGGCAAGCGAGUUCGGGCUGACGGCACCGUGGACGACGAAGACGCAGGCGCCAGUGUAGGCAGAUAUCUCAAAGCACAAAAGAGCGGCCCAAAACAUGCCGAAGGAACAGACGUCGACACAUGGGAAGAACCUGCGCGAAAGAAGACGAAGAACGGUGGCUUCGGCAACUUCGACAACUGGUGA